AUGAACGCCGUAGACGCGACAGAGCAUUAUGAGACGAGUGCGCAUGACCCAGCACCGUCCCUCCUAACGGUCAUCAUCGACACAAACCCCCACGCCUGGGCGCUUCUUGAGAAAGACGAAAAUAACCCGCUCUCCUUCUCAACCGCCCUCGCCAACAUCCUCGUCUUCCUAAAUGCCCACCUCGCCUGUAAUUACGCAAACGAAGUCGCCGUCGUCGCCUCCCACAGCCAUAAAGCCGCAUGGUUAUAUCCCUCCCCGUCCUCCUCCACCACAUCCGCAGACCAAGAUGGAGAUGUCGCGAUGGGUGACAGUACAAGCACCGCCAGCGGCGGCAACCAAGUGAACAAGUACCGCCCGUUUCGAAUCGUCGAGGAACAAGUGACAUCCAAUCUCCGCCACCUGAUGGACUCAACGGCCCGCGCAGAUCUCGACAGCGGCUCCUCAACAAUGAUGGCCGGCGCACUCACCCUAGCCCUCAGCCACAUCAAUCGGCGCACAAUUGCCUGGGCCGAAGCCCACGGCGGCGGCGACACUUCCUCCCUCACCCGCUCCGCCGACCCAGACACAAGCACCACGUCCAUGAUGGCACGGCGCUCCACAACAACCAAUGCCGCGAACGACGGGACGGCGGAGGGCCUACAAUCUCGCAUCCUCAUCAUCUCCGUCAGCAGCGCCACCGGCUCCGCACACCAAUACAUCCCCAUAAUGAACGGCAUCUUCGCCUGCCAACGCCUGCACAUCCCCAUCGACGUAUGCAAGCUCAGCGGCGACGCCGUCUUCCUGCAACAAGCCUCCGACGCAACGAAGGGCAUCUACAUGUCUCUCUCCGAGCCGCGCGGUCUACUGCAGUAUCUAAUGAUGGCGUUCCUUCCCGACCAGCGGUCCCGGAAACACCUUAUCCUCCCAACACGGGUAGACGUGGAUUUCAGAGCGGCCUGCUUCUGCCACAGGCGCGUUGUAGAUAUCGGCUUCGUCUGCUCAAUCUGCCUUAGCAUCUUCUGUGAACCGCCGGAGAACGGCGACUGCUUGACCUGCGGCACGCAUCUGGAUAUGGGUGACUACGGCGCUAAACCGGCGGUUGUGGCAAGGAAAAAGAAGAAGAAGAAGGUUAGGCCGAAUGGGAUGUCUGCUACGCCGACGCCGACGCCGACGCCAGGUCCUUGA